CUCAGAUAGAUCAAUUGAUUUCGGAUUCAGCUGUCCUGGAGAGUCAGGAGUAACCGAUUCAGUAGAAACCUUAGGGCCGGAACUUUCUACCAGUCUUCGAUAUCUUAAACGUGACACCCAUCGGUUCUCACCAGAGAUCAAAAGCUCGAGACGUCUGAGUACUGAAACAGAAAACGAAUUGAGACUAAACAGACAUCAUGUCCGUUGAAGAUUUCGACAAAAUCGACGAAGGGAUUUCGACAAAACGAAGAAGGGACCAGAAAUGAAGAAAGAGAAGGGAAAUUUUUUCCCCUUUCGUGUAAAAGGAACAAGCCAAUACGCAUGCGCCACGUAUGGGGUGCUUACCAAUUCUACAUCUUCGCAACGGUUCUGUGUAAUUAUAGGGAAGACGACCUAUUUCCCCACGAGAAAUAUCGCAUAGCACCAAAUGUCUCCCAAAACUAUGCCUCGUUCUAUGUAUCCCCGAGAUUAAAGUUCAAAAUCUAUUUCCCCACCAAUAUUGGUUUUCUCACGGUUUCUGUAAACCUAAUAUAGAACCCGGGUUGUCUUAUAAUAAACCAAACAAAACUAAACCAAAACGAAAUAAAACCCAACCAAACGAACUUAACCCGACCCGACAUUGCUUACCCAACUUAAAUACACUCGAGAAAACAGAUUCCCCAAAUCGAUUUCAAUCAAGAACCCUAAAAUUGUUUCUCUAGAUUGAAGCUGCAGAGAAGAAAAUGUCAGGGGCUUCGUCGAAUACCUCAGGAGCAUCGACCGGAGGAAACGCUUAUCGUCGUCGGGGUGGAGUGGUCAUGGGAAUUCCGAAGAAGUGUUGGUGUGGUGAUGAAACUGUUCCUCUCAUGUCCAAAUCUAACAAAAAUCCGUACCGAAGGUACUACCGUUGUGCUACCGCUGCAAGAAAGAAGCUUGAGAAUGAUAAUCACAUCUUCAAGUGGAUUGAUGAGGCACUGAUAAAUGAGGUUGAAACUCUUGAAUUCAAAACCGCAAGACUCGAGCAAGAGUUGAGAGAGAUACAAACGAAGGUGGAGAAGGAGCUAUAUGAUAAGGUAGAAGCGUUGUUAGCUGAAGGCAAAGGCAACAUGAAGAGAAUGAUGAUAGUAGGUAUUGUUGGAUGUGUGGCUGUGCUAGGAAUCAUGGAGUUAUGCAUAAGAAAAUGGUGAAUGUGAUGAGAAGAAAAUGAUCGAGGUUGUUGGUUUUUAGUGCUAAGUAAUAUGUUCAAGUAAUUAGAUUAUUGCUUUUGGUCGAUCUUGUAUGAACAAAAUGGUUGAACUUGUUGUGUACUUGUUGUGUUUCAUUGGUAUCCAAUGUUAUCCUAACCUUUUAUGAUUGUUGUGUUUUGUUGUUAUAUUCAUUGAAAAGAGACAAAGAUAACAUAAACAAACACAAGUUGGCCACUUUAAAAUGUUAAAUAACAUUAGUUUGAACAAAAGAAAGUGUUAAGCAAACACAAUUUGACCACCAUCCAAGCCGACAAAAGAGUUUAAGAACACAUGCUUGACAAGUUCAAACCAUAAAAGACAAGACACAAGACACCACAAAAGUUAAGUCACAUGACAACACAAAAGCCGAGACAUAAAAACACACACCAGCCGAGUCAGAAAACACUACCAAAACACCAUCUCAACUCGAGACCAUCAACACAUAUCUUCAUACCCAUGAAUGAUAUGAGCACCAGCUGGAGAAGCAACCUGAGAAGAACCUUGAGAAGCAGCUGGAGAAGCAACCUGAGAAGAACCUUGAGAAGUAACUUGAGUAGGAGCACCUUGAGAAGUCUGCGAAUUAAAGAAGCUUAUUAGUGAAUCCAUCUUUGAGAAGCAACUUGAGUAGGAGUAAAACAAAUCUUAUUUUUCGUAUGGAACCUCGAAUUGUGAUCAGGUUGGCCACAUAUUCCACAAUGCAUAAUCCGUUUUUUAUGUUUCGGUUGCUUCUUGGUUGGAGACUCGUUCACACCUUUCUUUCUUUUUUUGUCGG